AUGCCUGAAGCUGUACUCAGUUUUGUUAGUGUAAUCUUGAAUAAGAUACUUUCACUAGCUGCCGACGAGGUCAGCCGGGUAUGGGGUGUCAAGAAAGACCUUGAGAAGCUUGCUGAGGAAGUACAGAUGAUGGAAGCUUUGAUUCUUGAUGCUGAAGGCAAGCAAUCAACAAGCAAAGCCGUGCAGCUUUGGCUGAAAAGGCUCCAGUCCAUAGCACGUGAUGCGGAGAUCGUGUUAGAUGACUUCGGAUAUGAAGUUCUGCGGCAGAAGGUUGAGAAUCGGAAGCGCGACAAGGUACGCAACUUCUUUUCUUCCUCAAAUCCUAUUUCCUUUCGUCUAGAGAUGGCUAACAAGAUCAAGAAUGCUAGCGCAUCUCUAGAGGAAGCGUACAGACGUGCAAAUCAAAUAGGGCUUCAUCCAGUUCAACUACCCAUGACAUCUGCUGAUCACAAAGAGGAUCGGUGGACUGAUCCUUUUGUGGAAGAGUCAGAAAUGGUGGGAAGGGAAGUUGAGGUAUCUCAAGUUGUAAGCAUGUUAAUUAGCUCAGACUAUAAGAAGGAUUUACCUGUCAUCUCAAUAGUUGGGAUGGGUGGCCAGGUGGAAAGGCUGUUGAAUGAGAUGCUACAAUCCCUUAAGGGAAAAAGUGCUGACACAACAAACAGGGAAACAUUGGUGAAGGAGCUUCAAGAUAAUCUGAAAGGAAAACGUUACUUGCUUGUGCUUGAUGAUAUUUGGAACGAGAAUCGACAGAAAUGGGAUGGCAUGAGGAGACGUUUGUUGGCAAUAGGGGGUGCUUCAGGAAGCAAAAUAUUGGUUACCACACGUAGUGAUGAGGUAGCCUCAGCAAUGCAAACAUCUGGUUUGCAUCAUCUAGACAUCCUCUCAGAUGAUCAUAGCUGGAUGUUGUUUGAAAAACUAGCUUUUGCAGAUGGUGGUGCAAGAAAGACUCAAGAUCUGGUGGACAUUGGCAGAAGGAUACUGAAAAAGUGUGGCGGUGUGCCAUUAGCGAUCAAAGUGAUUGGGGGUUUGUUGUAUUCCAAAAAGGAUGCCUCGGAAUGGUUGAAGCUUGAGAAGAGUGAAAUAUGGAAUGAGUCGGCCAAUAAUGAAGGUGGAGUCAUUUCUGUCCUGAUGCUGAGUUGA